UUCAAAGUGACAUUAUGCUAUUUUACUUAAUUGACGAGUAAUAAUAAAAAUAAUAUCUAAUAAAAAAUAUUUUACAAAGAAAAAUAUUUAAUCAGUAGGUAAAUUUUACAGUUUCCGUAAAGGUAUUGACAUUAAUUAAUUGACUGCCACAGUUUGCUCAGUAUACUGACAGAAAUGACUGAAACGGAUGCUACGAAUCGACCACUUGAAAUGGUCCCAAGGUUUAUUCCUUAUAUGGAAAAAUAUAGAGUAUACCAAAUAUUUAAGGACAUGUUGAAAGAUCUACUAAUCAACUUGCCCAAAGAUCAUUUGAAGCACAUGAAAAUAUUCUUACAUCGUUAUUCGCAGAGCUGUAAAGAUGCGGAUAGGAUCAUCCUAUUAGUAUCACCAGAGCUCGAACAUAUCGAUAUCACAGCCAUUCUAAAACAGUUGAUAAAGGACUUGGGUUUGUUCGUGAUCACACGCCGAGUCGUAAUGGAUCGAUACGAGAAGCACGAAAAUUACAUGCCCGGAUGCGUGUCUCCUGUUGUCUUAUCGGAAAUUACGAAAACUCUUACUAUGAAAGAUCAAAUACUUCAAGCCGGCUGGUUGAUGUUUGACCAUCCCUGCACAGUGCGGGAGGCUCGUUGUCUGCAGCAGGACGGUGUGCUGCCAACCGUGACACUAGCCCUCAUGCCAACCCCCCCUCAAGCUCCUCCGUCUGACAAUCUACUCACAUCAGCUAGAUCGUUUUUUCAGCAGGAUUUCGAAGGACUCAAGUUUGCAUACAAGGCUACUCUAAAGGAGGUGUACAUUGAUUCCGAAGAUGAAAUAGAAAAAAUAUCAACAAAAUGCUUUAAUGCCAUUCGGGCGUGUGCGGCCGGCGCUCAAGGACCAUACCAGGGACACCACGUGGUCGGCGCUCCUGGAGUGUACAGAGUACUUGUUAUUGGACCUCGUGGAUCGGGCCGCAGGUCUCAGGCUUUGGCUCUGGCCAAACAUUUCCGCUUAGUCUAUUUACAUUUCGACGAUUUGUUAAGUGAAGCUAAAGCAAAGACCGACGAGUUUGGACAGAAACUACGUCAACAUGAACCGAGCGUGCAAGUGAAAGCUGUCAUAGUGAAGCGACGUAUCUUGUUGAAGGACUGCAUCGAUAACGGUUGGGUUCUCGUUGGAUUCCCGAUGUCGGGAAAAGAAUUCGAACUUUUAGACAAUACACCGACCCCGCCAAAUAGAAUAAUAAUAUUGAACGUGGAUGCUUCAACGUGUAAGAGUCGUCGCUUGAGUCGAGGGGUGGACUGGUGCAGCGGUGAUGAAGCACCCUUGGGUUCAGGGUCUCGUGUUAUGCGGCAUCCUAGAGAUGACGAAGCUCAACUUGAAACCGAGUUAGACAACUAUUUCUCCGAGGCAUUAGCGGAGCUACGAGCGGCGGCCGGCAUCACUGCGGUGGAAUUCGACGCUAGUCAAUCUUUUGACGGCGUGCAAGUGAAACUGCAGGCGGCCGUGAUGGCGGCACCUAGUUUUGAUAUAGAGUGCGGGGCGCAACUCUGCCACGUCCGAGCAGACUGACUUUGUCAUCUAAAAUUUCAAAUAAAAGACUUUGCUCAAUAGAAAAAA